AUGAGACAAUUGAUUUGGGUUUUACUUGUAUUAGUGGCGAGUGUGUCUGCUGUACCACCCCCUGCAGAAGAAACAUUCCUUGAAAACUUCCAACAGAUUGUGAGAGAAGUGAAAUUGAAAAAUGAGAAUAACGAAAAUGUUAUUGACCCAAGGAGUGGAAAAUCUAUAGAGGAUAUAAUUGAAGAGUAUGUGAAAGAAAAUGAAAUAUCGUUUGAACUACCAUUGAUUGGAUCCAAAGUAACAAUGGAAGCAAGAAACUUGGAUAAUGAUGAAAUCAGUAUGAAACUUGAUUUCGGAUCUGGAAGUGAAGUUCAGGCUCGUAAGAAGAAAUCCAAGAUCAAGAAAGCCUUCAUCCCCAUUCUUGUCUUCAUUCUCAUUAAAGCCAUCAUUCUCAUCCCGUUAGCUUUAGCCAUCCUAGGAUUCAAAACCUGGAAUGCUAUCCAGUUGUCUUUCGUAUCGUUUGUGACUGCAGCAGCGUUAGCAAUCUGGAAGUUUUGCAGUAAAAUAAAUCACGACCAUCAUCCUGCUAUCGUUCAUAAUGCUUGGGAUCCACAUCUUGAUAGGACCGACGCGCAGCAAAUUGCUUACAGUGGUUACGCUCCUCUUCAAUAACUGAAAAUUGUCUGUGAUUUAUUUAUUUAUUAUUUACUAUUUUCAAUAAAAAAACUUGACUCUCAA